AUGUGAGUACUGAGUAGCGAUUUAGAUUACAUAAUCUUAAAUCAUUGUGUAAUACUGAAAUCACUUAUCGGUUUGGUUAAUAAUAAUAUACACAUGGCUUUUUAUAAUAAUUUAUAUAACUCAAAUAAAGUAUGAUCUAACAAUUAAUUGAUAAUCUUCCGUGACCCGUGCUUGUGAGUGUAUUAAUAUUUUUAACCUAAGCAGUAAUACCCCAGAAUAAAUACCUAUGUAUAAUAUUAAUAAUACUUAUAAAUAAGUAAUAACUUCUAGCAAGGCACCGUCGACUAUAGGUCUUUCAUUCUGUAAAGUCUACAGGCCAGCCGAGUUCAAGCUACAGACACUACUAUUUCAUUUGUACCUACAUCAUCCUGUAGAGAUGGCUACCAGAUGGGGAAUAAUAGGCACCAGCAAUAUAUCGCACGAUUUUGCUGUGGCCAUGGGAACAUUGCCACGGACAGAACACUUGAUCACAUCAGUGGCGUCCAAAGACAAGGUGAGGUCUCGAGAAUUCGCCGAACAGUUUGAUAUUCCCAAUUCGUAUGAUUCUUAUUCUCUCAUGGCAAAUGACACCGAAGUAGACGUUGUUUAUGUGGGCACCCUCAAUGAACACCAUUACUCUGUCAGUCGCUUAAUGUUGGAACACGGUAAGAAUGUUUUAUGUGAAGAACCAUUUUGUCAAAAUACUAAGCAAGUCCAACAACUUGUUGAACUUGCGAGGUCUAAAAAUGUGUUUCUUAUGGAGGCCAUGUGGAUGUUUUUCACUCCGGCAUUCACUAUUUUAGGAGAAGAAAUCAACAAAGGUACAAUUGGUGAACCAUUGCAAAUAAUUUCUUCAUUCGGUACCCCAAUGUCCGAAUCACUAAUUCAACAACGAAAUAGUGGUGGAUCAAUAUUAGAAUUGGCUGUAUUCUCAGUUUACAUGAGCCAAUUCCUGUUUGGUCCUGAAAAACCACAAAUCUAUGGCACUUAUGGACAGUUGACAGAAUCUGGAUUUGAUAAGGAUGCAAGUAUAAUUUUAAAGUAUAGCAAUGGUAAAAUAUCUACCUUUUUAAGCCAUUUCAAAGUCAACCUACCUAAUGAGGCAACUGUAUUUGGAACCAAAGGAAAUAUUAAAUUACACGAUCCAUUCUGGUCAGCGACUAAAAUUACUGUAAAUGGAACAGACAUUAAUAUAGACGUGCCUAAUACAAAAAAAGCAACAAGAUAUGGUAAUAGUGUGCAACUAAUUUACGAGAUUCAAGAAGUUAGAAAUUGUCUUCUGAAAGGUUUAAAUGAGAGCAGUAUAGUUCCAUGGUCGCUAAGUAUUGAGAAUGCCAUUUUGGUUGAAGAUAUAAGAAAAAAAUUAGGAGUAACUAUUUGUGAAUAAUAGAAACCAACUUUGGUAGCUAAUCAAAAUUAAUAUAAUUUAUAUUUUACAUUUUAUGUAAGUAAUUGUUUAAAUGAAUAUUAUAUUUCAAUAUUUUACUUGUAUUUUUGUAAUUAAGUUUAUGUAAUAACAUAUUACUUUUAUGCUACUCAAAAAUAUAUUACUUUGCAUGCUGCUCAAAAACAUAUAAGUCCAACUAUCAAAAUUCAUUAAAUUAUAGAUAAAUAUACUUGAUAGCAUUAUAUUAUACUUGCUGUUCCUAUA